UGCGAGAGAGCCGUUGUUGAAAUUAUGGUUGAGAGAAAACGAAUUGCCCAUGAGGCAUUGAUGAAUAACAAUCAGAAGCUUCUGUUUGAUAUGCUUGAUUCAUUCGAUGGGCCGAAGAUUAUUGUUUGGGAUCCAGCUCUGAUCAAACGAUUCAACAUGGUAGCAACAGCGGAACAGCUGAAGGAGCAUCGUGUUGUCUCGAUGUUGCAGUUGGAACUGUUGCCUGGCGUACCGCAGGCUGAACACAAUCACGUUUUGUACAUUUUAUCUGGUGAUAAAUCGAGUGUCAAGAAGCUAGUCACAUGCCUGAAGCACGCCCAUUCUGUUAAUGUAAGUAUUCGUUCAUAUAUGCUUGCAAGAUGGAUAGAUCCACUGACGCCUUUACUUAUUCAGCUAACCUAUGCCGGACUUGUGGAUGAGCUGCUUGAUAUGGGCCCUACAGGUAACAUAAGAGCGUCGAAGCUGAAGAGAGCUGAUGAUGCAGGGGACGCAACUGCUGAAGUGCCUUUGCAUGAUUCACUCUUCCGGACAAUACGAGAUUUGCAUAUGAAGGAUGUUGGCAAACAGAUAGGAGAAAAACUUGGCGAGCUCCGUGAUGAGCGCAUGGUCUCUUUUCAUAAAUAA